AUGGGUGAAUUGACUCGGGUGCUGCUGUUUACAAUAUUUGUUUUAGUGGUAAUCUCACCACAACAAGAGUGCAGUCCACUGUUCUUUUAUACGCGGCCAUCACAACCGACAUUAUCCGGUGGGUCAGUAUCGUCCGCUUCUGUACCAGAGCAACGUUCCAACGUGACGAUAGCGUUGGGAAAUCGUAUCAACACCGAUACCGCCUUGGACGACUACGGUACCCGCGUGGACGGAGUGACCGUCAAUGUCGCCAGACGUCGUCGCGAUAUCUGGAGCAUUCCCUCGAUUCUUGGUCCGAACACCCCGAACGGGUCAUACAUUGCGAUCAACAACCAGGUCAUCCCAUUGCCGGACAACCUUUCCAAUGUUUCACUAAACAUUGGAUCACUACCCAAUCCUCAGCCGAUCUUCAACACGACGCAACCCUCUUCUGUCCCGUUUUUGCCAACGAUACCGGAGAAUUACACCAAUGCUUUCCAGUCGCUAGUGACCGGGUUUGAAACAUUACCACUCGAUUUCAUGGACAACAUCGUUCGAACGCUAUCAUCCGGCUAUCGGAACUCAUUCGGUCAACUUUUUCUCGAACAAAGUUUUGAACGGCUAAACCGAACGCUCGAAUACGGCGGUGCGGUCGUACGGAACGGACUCAACAGUCUUGUGAACCAAACUGGGCAAGGUUUUGAAGAGCUCAUCGCCAAUUUCAACGGUUCCUCCACAGCUGUUCAACGGUGUAUCGGUAACAAUUUGAACCCAACGAACGUGGUUAGAUCCGUCGUGGACAAAGGUUACAACUGCGUCAAUCGCAAGUGGCAGGAUCUGAAGGCACUGGCGGGAAACAUCGGUGAAGACAUUGUCGCUGCGGAUAAAGGUGCCUCCGAAUUUCUGGCCAAUCUAACUGCCUGCAAUGGAGCCAACUUUAACAGUACCAACAACCUGUCGACAUCCCAACAGAACACACUACGCCGUCAGUGUUACGUGCGUACGAUUGUCUCCUUUCCACAACCGCUUCUCUUCUUGCCAGUUUCGCUAGCAAUCGAUGGCACAAAGCUGUACGCUUCCAUCUCCGGACUGGAGGCUGACAUAGGGGCAUGUGCUGCUGAGGUUGCGCUCGAGAUCGGCAUGACAACCGCCCAGAUCAGUACGAAGAUUGUGUUGUGUCAAAUAUUCUCGUAA